UGAUUAUCCUUUUUGAUCUUCCAUAUUGCAACCAACCAACCACCUACUUGCUGAUGUGAUCAUUACCGGCCAUAGAAACAAUAACCACCAUGAGACAAACUCACCCACUCACAUUACAGGAUGCAUGAACCCACAAGCAACUACUUGAGUGACUAGUGUUUGUGGGUUCAGACAGCUAAAUUACCCUCAUUGGACCACAUUAGAGACCUGGAAUCGUUCAGAAAAAAUUUGAAGUGAGCUCGAAGAAAACUAUUGGUUAACAUAAGCUAGCCAUAAACACAUUGGGUAUUGAAGACAAGAAGAAAUUAGUAAACACCAUCUGUUCUCUUACAUUUUUUAUCGGAAAGUUCAUAUUAAAUGCUGAGUUAUUCCUUAGAAACUUAAGCUGUGUCAAGAGAUGUAGUAAAACCCUCAACCUUCAUAUGUAGCCCAAUUAAUUGAAUCCGUUUGGAUGGGAGGUAAUCCUGAUGUGGUUGUGCUCAAUAAUGUUGUAUGGAUAUCACUUAUUUCAAAAUAAUGAUAAUCUCUUAGACAUAUCAUUUAUCGGAACUUUCUGCUGAAGAGAAAUUUCGGUUUGUCUUCUGUUCUACAAGUUACUUAAGAUUUUUAGGAUAGAACACUUGAAGUACCAUGAAGAUCACAAGGGUCAUGAAAAAAUGCACCUCGAGAUGUUUUUGGUUGCACUUGUUAGUUUACUUUUCUGCCAAUUAGUGCUUAUGUUUUGGAAAAAGCGACACUUCCGCUCGUACCAGCUUGUAACUUUGAUUGCUAUGUGGUUGGUACCGUUUAUAUACAGCGUGCUAGCAGAGUUCCCAAGAUUCAUUUUUGUUUGGGUUUUGUUUUCAUUAACCACUGGAGUUAUGGUUUACUUAGCCUCUAAGAGACGCAUAAGUACAACUACACCAAGACGAGUUUAUCGGUGGUUCUUAUUUGUUCAUACAGUUUCCUAUAUACUUGGAGUUGGUGGCUAUGUUCUUUUAGUGUUAACAUUUUUCCAAGUCAAUCUGCUAUUCCUUCUGCCUACAAAGGUUUCAGUGGAUUUAUCUUUAUUGGCAUUGUUUUACGGUCUUUAUUAUGGAGUUAUUGCACGAGAUUUUGCUGAAGUUUGCACAAAUAAAUUGGCUGCACAAAUAUCAGUAAGUUACGCAAUGUAUUUUUAAAAACUUGGUUAUGGGACACACAGAAAUCAUCAGCAUAAGGCCUGACACAAACGUGGGUCGCCCGAAGUUGCUAUACCUCAUUAACAUGACGAGAUAAAUACCAAAAGUCGAAGUAAUGUGUCAACCAUUAUAGUGAAUAAAUUGGAGGUUGAGAAUUCGAGACCCAAAGAUAAUAUGAAAAGGUGUAUGUAAAACAAUACUGGAACUCUUGAUCUGGAGAAAGGUGAAGAAUGAAUAUAUAUGUGCUGUUGUAACUUUCUGGGUGAUGUUAUGGGACAUCUCCAACCCUACAAAAAAAACGUCAAAACUCGCACAUUGCUUCUCAGUUACGUGAGUAAAGCAGUCUGGCUAUACGUAUUAUCAUUAUCAUUAUUAUCCUCUCUAAUUGUCACAUAAGAAUUUUUGUCCUUUCUCAUAAACUGGGGCUGUCAGCAAUCGAGACCGGUACUUAGUUAUAUGGUUGUAUUGUCUGCUUGGUUUUUAGGAUUAGUGACCGGAAUACAAUUCAAGUGCUGUCAUUACUCUCGUCCUCAUUGUGUUAAUGCUUCUGUGAUUACUGUAGAAAUUAAAGUGUGAUUAGUCAUUCGAUUCCAUUGAUAGGAACAGUGCACUUACCUUGUGCACAAUUCACUAUGAUUUAUUCAUAAAUUCAUUAUUAGUAAUCUGGGAGAUUUCGGUUUUCUCUAAAUACUUAGCCUUAAUAAGGAGCAUUAAUAUGCUCUUAACAGAGUACUAUCUAUUUAUCCAAUCAAUAUUAAUGAUAAUUUACAUAUUCCUUUGUCUAUGUAAUUUGAAUGUUGAUAUUGUUUUCAACCAGCUAACAUUUCAUAGUAUUUAUGAUUUUGUUUGGCGUAUCAUUGAUAAGGUAAAAACUUCUAAUCAUUCUUUGUCAUUCAUUUUGAAGUAUCAAAUUCCUCAAGGUAUGCCAGUUCGUCGAAUUGAUCCAUCAGUCUGUUCAAUAUGUAAAAGUGAUUUAACAGCAGAUAGUAGUGAAAAAGUCCAUCGACUCAAUUGUACUCAUGUGUAUCCUUUUUUGUGAAGAUUUUCGUUAUAUAUAUGUAUAUAUUUGAGCUUAUCUUCAUUCCAAUAUUUAUCUUUCACAAGAAGUACUUUAGGAAAUCCAGUAAGUCGAAUUAAUAUAUUAUUUUAAUAGUUGAAUUCAUGAGUCAAUCUAAGCUAGACCACCAUUGCUCGUCCACAAUCCCGCACCAGAGGGACUCAAACCCAAGACCUUCGGUCUCGCGUACGAACGCCUAACCUUUAGACUACUGAGCCGGCACCCAACGGUGUUAAUGUCUAACUUUGAUCAAUGUAUGAUCUUGCGCAACCGUUCAUCCAUUAUCUUGAGGUUGAUAACUGUCUUCAUCCGACAAGGAUUAGACUCUAUUGGUCACGACUUAUUAUUAUUGUUAGUGAGCAAAAAUAUCUGUCAAUGAGUGCAUAGGCUGUAUAGGUGCCAUAAAUUCACUAAAAUCAUAAAUUUUAUAAAAAUUAACAGUGUCAAAAAUAAAAAACGAACCACAUCCACUUCUAAAUCUAAUACGACAAUGUGGACAUUGUGAGCGAUUGUAUUUCGAUAUAGAAGAUAAAGAAUCCAUAAUGAAAAAGGAUUAGUAAAUCUAAUCACUACUAGUAGUAUUAGUAAAUCUCAUUUCACCAAGUAUGCGAAACAGUUUGCACCAUGAUCAUUUUGACCUUAGACGUUUGUAUUACUGAUUCUCACUAUCUGAGUCAUAAGUUAACAGGAACGAAUACUAUUGGAGCCGCUUAUCAUGCAUAAGCAUGUGUAGCUCUAAUGUAAAUGUUAUGCGCUUUCUUAGAAUAUUUGAUGCGCGGAUACAACUUUGUUUUCGUAAAACAAAGGAUUGUUUGGUUUUAUGUUCCGUUGUUUCCGAUAUUCACUUAUUUAAACGUAUUCCUUAGAUAGAUGAAUUGAUUUUGACUCUGUUGUUUUUGUUUGUAUUGUUUACCUAAGUUUGCUGAUGCUAAAUAAAAUAAGCACAAUAUUAUGACUGUUCUACGCAUUAUAUGCAGUUCGUUUUUCUGAUUUGACAUAGAUUAUAUAAUUUGCGCAUAAUAAUAGCUGAGAAUUACUGAAAUUGCUACCUAACUCAUAGAUGUUGUCUUACAUGAUUGUAAUGUAUAUGAAUCAUGGGUAUUAGUAAGCUAAAACGUAGGACCAGGCACAUAUAUGCAUCGGUACAAGUUGCCAUACCUCAUUAACACAACAAGAUGAACACCGGAUUCAUAGAAGCAAUUAAUUCAAUGGUGGUAAUAUAUAAAAGAAAGAUUGUAUAUAAGGAUAUAGUACAGGAAGAAAGAAUCAGUUCGUAGAAAAAAAAGAUAUAGAACGAUCUUAAUCUCAUAGUUUAAGGGAAGACAGAGAGUGUAUACACCGACGCCAUUGUGAUCGAUUCUGAACCAAAUCACUCAGUCUUCACAACCAUCGGUUACGAUAGUCAUACGGACCCCAACCAAGUAGUCUGCAUCUACCAACAUGGCUCAGACUAGAAGCUAGUGACUUCAAGCACUGAUGCCACGUUUCGGUUUGGCCACCCCUAACUUUCUUCCAACCAUCUCCAACACCGGUUAGCAUUGCACGUCGUGGUAAUCGGUGUUCAUGCAUACGUAACACGUGGCCCAGCCAUCUCAGUUGAUGAAGAUUCAUAACCUCACCAACUGACUUACGAUCAUUCCCUAAUACCCUGGCAUGUAACCUCACUAUUACUUACCCGAUGAUCCCAGCAGACGCCAGCAAUAUUUCUAAGGUAUCUGUGGUCAAAUACUAGUAGCUUACGAGUGUCUUCUACUCUUAAUGGCCAUGUUUCGCUGCCGUAAAGUAAAACAGAACGGACUGCCGCGCAGUAUACUCGUCCUUUUAUUGAUAGACGGAUAUCUCGCCUUCGCCAUAGGUAACGUAAGUUGGCAAAGACCAGACGAGCCUUUCGGAUCCGUGCAGAGGUUUCGUCCGACACCAACUCAUUAGGACUGAUCAGAUUUCCAAGAUAAGUGAAGUUGUCGACGAGUUCGACUACGUUACUCCCUAUCCUUAGUUCAGAUGUUGACACAGGCCAGUCCUGAAGCAACAACUUGCAUUUAGAGAGGGAAAAGCGCAUCCCAAACAUCCUGGCAUUGUUGCUCAGUGCUACCAAAACAUUCUGCAUUUUAUCAGUAUGAACUAGUUAUAUAGUUUCAUUUUUUUAAAUGUGAAAAUCGAUACGAAUCGAUCGUAAUUCUUCUUUUUUUUCUCAAUUGGUUUUUCAAUAGACUGUCAAAUUGUUCUAUUAGUGUAAUUUGUUGUAAAUUGUUUGUAAUUAUCUCUGUUUAUGUAGGUUCAUUUGCUAAUAGUAACAUUUUAUCACCAUGGAAUGGUUCUUUUUCUUUUAAAUACAGUAUUAUCCCUUUAAAAUAAUAUAUAAUCAAAUAUAUAUAAUAUUGCUUGACUCCUUAUUAUUGGUUUACGUAUUAUAGCUUUCAUGACUUUUGUAUUCGAGGUUGGUGCAUUAUUGGAAAGAAAGAUACUUGUCCGUAUUGCAAUGAAAAAGUCAACUUGAAACAGACAUUUACAAAUCCGUAUCCUUUGUUGUUGUUUUUUUGCAUCAGUUGGGUUGUCAAGUUGUAUUUUCCUAUAAUUCACGCAAAAUAACAGUCGUUAAUAUUGACUUGUUGAAAAUGUUCCCAGUAUAACGAUAAAUCAAUUCAGGGAAUCAAUCAAAAAUAGUCUUAUAUUAUCGCAAUCAACAGAAUUUAUAAGUUUAGAUAGUAUAAUAAGAAGAUGAAACAUUAUCAAAAUUAUUUAAUACAUUAAUGCAAUACAUUUCAAACAGUGGUCUUGAUUGUUGUUAGGGGUAUGAGGGCGGUUAUCACUUCCCGGUUGCCCACACCGUGGAAAGGUUCUUCUGCAGGUACCUAAAAAGGAAAUUGGAUUAGAGGUGGUCUUGGUGACCUGAGAGCGUGACCGCAGUGCCCAAGAGACAACUGCUUGAGGUCGGUCACACGCGACCUUUUUACGAGUAAUUUUUGUGUUAGCUCCGUACUUCUUGAGACCUUACCGCCGGAGUCGGAUAUUCGUGGGAUAAGGCGAGGUGUGCAUUUUUAGGGCCCACCUUUUCUAACCCCACCCCUCCUUGUGGGAAGGCAGCAUCGCUGUCAUGCUGGUUGUCUAAAGGAAACACCUUACUGUUGUCACGCCUCUGUACAGUCAGCAGUACGACUUCGCCUUCGGACCUUGGGUUUGUUGCUUUUAGUCUUACCGCUCUUCAACCGACCUGUCUGACAUGGUAGGACCUUGAGGAAUGGUUGUUCCAGCCAGUAUAGCUCGGUUGCUUCAUCACGAUAGGCAAGCUCAACCACCACGUCAAGGUAGCAACAACGGUCCACUUGGUUGGGGUCCGCGUGACUAUCGUAACCAACGAUUGGAGACUCUGGGUGACAUGGCUUAGAAUAGAUCACAAUGGAGUCGGUGUGUACACUCCCUGUCUUCCCUCAAACUAAGAGAUUAAAAUCACUUCAUAUCUUUCUGCUAACUAAUUCUUUCUUCCUAUACUAUAUCCUUAUAUGCAAUCUUUCUCCUAUAUAUUACCACCUCUGAAUUAACUACUUUUAUGAAUCCGGUGUCCAUCUUGUUGUGUUAAUGAGGUAUGGCAACUUGUACCGAUGCAUAUAUGUGCCUGGUCCUACAUUGUAGCUGACUGACAUUUCAAACAAUCUAAUUACAUAUACACUUAUUAAGAAUAUUCAUAUAUGAAAAAAAGAUCUAAGGUCAACUAGAUAAAUGGAAGGUAAGUGGAAACAAAAAUGAUGAUCAAAGAAAAAAAAUACGGAAUUCAUCACCCUGAAUAAUAAACUAAUAUUACCAAAUUAGAGUAGGUUAGGGGUGAAAACAAGCUGUUUUUGCAUAAAUAAGGUCUUAAUUUUCGUAACAAUUGAUUUGAGCCUUCUCUCCAUGUUUAGUUUUAUGAAUUUCAGGUACACUAUAUAAGUGAAGAUAUUUAAUUACAUUAAAGCUCCAGAUAAUUAAAUUCGUGUUUAGCAGUUCAACUAAGUUUGAGUAGACGAUAAAUAUCCAUCAUCCUCUAUUACGAUAUACAUCAUUGAAACAGGACAAAAGAUUGAUCUUAACUUGACUUUUGUGGUGUUGUAUUAAAGUUUAUUGAAGUCCCUUUAUGCAAAAACAGCUUGUUUUCACCCCUAAUUUACUCUAAUUUGGUAAUAUUAGUUUAUUAUUCAGGAUGAUGAGUUCCGCGUUGUUUUUCAUAUUAUUAUUCUUGAUCAUUAUCUUUGUUUCCGCUUACCUUCCAUUUAUCUAGUUAACCUUGGAUUUUCUUCUCAUAUAUGAAUAUUCUUAACAAGUGUAUAUGUAAUUAGAUUGUUUGAAAUGUGUUGCGUUGAUAAAUCACAUAGUUUUGUUAAUCUUUGUCUUCAGUCAGUCAGCAACAACAUAGAACUUCAAGCUGUCAUACCACAUUAGCACAGAGAUACAAUUGUCCAUUCAAAUCCCAUAGUGGUAGAGGUAGUAAAAGUAUAAGCAGUAAUCGAAAAAAUUAGGAUUUGGAGAUGUUAUUCAAGGAGUAUAAUCCAUUGGAAUGAAUUUGGAAAGAGAAAAAACAAAGGGACAUGAAGCAUUCAGGUGAUUAAAAUUUGGGAGAACACAAAGAGUGGAUGCACCUGCGCCAUUGCAAACGAUUCUCAGCCAUGUCAUUCAACGUCUCUAACCAUCGGUUGCUGUAAUCUCGCAGAUCCCAACCAGGUAGUCUACAUCUACCAACAUGAAUCAGUCCGCUUGUCAAUGACUUCAUUUAUUUGUGUCGUGUUUUGGUCUGGCCACCCCUAGCUAUUGCACUAUCCAGAUUUAUCAAAAGGACUAACUUUUUUAAAAAAAUUUAUAAUUUCAGUAAAGUUGUAAUUGUAAUCAUAUAUGACAAGUAUAUGCUUAUCAGGGUUUAUUAUAAACGCAUGGAUUAAUAUUUAUCCUCUCGUAACAUGAUAAAUUAUCACUCAUGUGAAUGGUAUUAAACGCAGGCUUAUUUCAUAACUCUUGUCUAAGACAUUGUAAUAAAUGUACGAGUUCGUUUUUUAUGUUUAUCUACAUGGGAGGUACUGAUAUUACAUAGCAAAUUAAAACUGGCUUAAAGGGAAGAAUUUCCCACUUCGUACUAGUAGCUUUUAAAGUAUUCGUUCAUAGUAAAAUUAUGAAUAAUACUGUGAGUAUUUUGUCUAUACGAUUAAACAACAAUGUACUAGUAAAACUUUACGUGAUUAACUUUCUUAACAUUUCUGUAAUAUUAGAUGGGAUAAACCACAUUUACUAUACGGAAAUCUCUUAGAUUGGGUACGGUAUUUGGUCGCAUGGCAACCUGUGAUUCUGGGUGUAGUUCACGUGCUUAACUCUAUUUUAGGUCUACAAUAAGCAGUAUCAAUUCUUACAGGAUUCGUGAUCUCAGAUGUUCUUCCUUCUUACAAUCGAGACUUGUAAAUCAUAUGUUUUUGUUGUGUGAAUAGAAUAUGAAAUAAAAGUUUUUUUCUUAAAGUCAUCUAAUGGUGUUAAUUAGUGGGUUGCAGAAGAAAAAAAACAGUCCACACCUAUAGUUAGCGGUACGUAGUUGACAUUCGUUCGAGUAAAUUUUUGCGAACAAUGGUGCGUAAUUCGUUUUAACUUCUUUCAUCAAUACCCUAUUGCUCAGGGCGUGAUCAAUAAAAAGCAGUUGUACGUAUAAUCGAACUGUCUAGAUACUAGAAAUUGACUAAAUCUCUACCUUUGGAGCUAAGGUCAAACCAUAAAUGUAAAAUUAUCUCUAAACAAGAAAUUAAUACUGUACAUUAUCGAAAAGUAAACCAAUAUGUGUGUUCGUACAGUCUAAUAAACAAAUUUGGAAGGGACUUUAAGGUGUCUUCAAAAAUUGUCCAAUACGAGUGUGUGACUGGUCAACUCCUACUUUCGUUUAGAAUACAGGUAGCAUUACACACACCGAACAUAAUGCUAUGAAUACGGUAAGUCAUCUAAAUGUACGAUGUUCAGACAAUGGUUGUUUAGUACGCAAAACUUUACAUCCACUUGUUGAUUUAGUGUGUUGACUUUGAAAUAAGCUUUUAUGGAGAUUUUUCAUCGGGAAAUCAACUUAAGUUUAGUUAUAUUGCAUCAGACGAACUUUUGGAAAUUGCCGAACUGAUAAACAACUUUCAACUAACCUAGUACUUGACAGCCGGUCACGAGUAAACAAAAUAUCACCUGCUGUUUCCCGACCUGACUUUUUCGAUUGUAAGGUGAAUGCGGCUACGUUAUUUAUUACCAUUGUGUUUUCACUAGUAAACAAAUACAUUUAACCGAUCUGAUAAGGAAAAUUGCGACCAAAAAGUGGUUAGUUUAUUUAGGUCCGUGUAUAUUGGAUAAAAUACUCUUCAGCACAGUUUCUUCUACAUAAUUACUUCGGUGCAAUGACGUUUUCCUAUCGUUAAGGGUCGUUAUUAUCAAUGAUAUGCAUACCAUAUCCAAUACAACCUCGACGAGUAAUUAGUGAUCAUAUCGCAGAUAUAUGCUCCUAUUAAUUAACUAGGCGUUAGUUGUGUGCAAUUCACCCGGGUUACUAUCGUGUAUAGAUUUCUUGACAAAGUGUUAUUGAAACUCAUAAAAAAAAGGUGACAUU